AUGGAGGAAGGGCUUGUUGCGGCGUGUUCCCAACUGCGAUUGACAGAAGAUGAGCAGGAGACGAUAACGCUGGAGGAUGUUAUUGAUGAAAACGCAGAGGAGAAGGCUGAGCUGAGCCUUCUUGAUAAGAACAGAAUCUUGCGUGAUGGCCCUUGGAAUUUUGACAAACAACUGAUCCUCUUCGAACCUAUGUCGGGAAAUAUGCAGCCUAAUAAUAUGGUUCUAAAUUAUUGCCCAGUCUGGGUUAGAAUCUAUAAUCUACCGAUGAAUUGUAGAGGUAGGGCAGCAGUUAGCAAGAUUGGUUCAAAACUUGGGAAAAUUGUGGAGGUGGAUGGUAACAGUGGAGAUUGCAACAGAUAUGGUAGAGUGAGGGUCAAUUUGGAUGUUUCAAAACCAAUGAUAAGAGGAACAAAGGUAAUCAAUCCUCUUGGAGAGCAAUGCUGGAUUCCGUUCAAAUACGAACGGCUCCAAAAUUUUUGUUAUUGGUGCGGGAUGUUGGAUCACCUUGUUGCGGAUUGUGAAGAAAAACCGAGGGAGACUGAGGUGUCCGAUUGGCCAUAUGGUCCAGGGCUACGAGCAACUCCAUGCAAAAGGAGUUUGAUGGGUAAUAGACAAUACACCAAACCGGUUCUUAGGGAUUUGGCUGGACAGACAAUGUCAGGAUCCCACUCUGAUAACGGGGAGGGCGAAAGGGCAGCUAGAAGGAGUUUAAACCUAAACGAUAAUACGGUUGUUGACAGUGCUGUUAGGGUUAAUUUCUUACCACAACAGCAAGUUGUUAACCACGUGCAUGGGGAAGGUGAUGACAUUAUCCAAGCUGUUUUGAAUGAAGAUGGGGGAGGUAUAGCAGAUGGCCUUGUGGAAGUUUGUGUUCAACAAAUACAACCUGGGGAAGGCAGCAGGGGUAACGUGAAGAAAGUUGCUGCUGGUGUGCAACCCAAUGCUGAAAAGAAACAUGGGAAGGAGGGCUCAUGGACCCGAAGUAAAGUUAUCAAAACUGCAGGUCCAUCAGAUAAGGAAGGAACAAAGAAGAAACUGCCAACCAAAAGAGACCGAAGCAUGACAGUGGGGGAGGAUUCGAUAGACCUUUUCUCAAAGAAAUUCAGAGAUGGGUUAUCAGAUCAGUUUGAAAAUAUUGAGAUAUCGGUGGAGACUGGAGAACAGUCUCGCCGGACGCAAUGA